UAUACUUAUGCUUAUGACUUAAGUCAGUGAACAGCCCUUAACGCGUUUCAAGAACCAACCUUGUACUUAUCGCAGAACUUUUCUCGUACUUAUGGUCGUGAUAAGUAAGGCUCGGUUAAGGUAGCCUCUGACCUACCUUAACGCUCCCUUGUAAACAAACAAAAUGGCGGCGAUGGACGACUUCGAGGAGUUUGUGGGCUACCUGGAUCGCCACGAAGAAAUAUCGACUGGAGCAGCCUACGAAUACGCAUCGCCGCCGCGUCGAGUAGUCAGGGAUCGUUUAAAUCCGAUGGAGCUUUACAACGACGACGAGUUUUUGUGCCGAUUCCGCUUCAGCAAAAGUGCCGUGCAGCAGCUGCUCGCAAUGCUGCCUCUGCGGGAACGCACCGACGGACGUGGGUUCCCUGUGCCGCCUCUCCUGCAGCUCCUUAUAACACUGCGGUUCUAUGGAGCAGGCACAUUUCAAAUUGUGACCGGGGACCUCGUAAAUGUUUCGCAGCCAACGGUCUCUCGGGUCAUCGAGCGCGUAUCCACCAUGAUCGCGAGAAGCCUGUUCACCGCGCUUGUGAAGUUCCCUGCCGCUUCAGAAGUGAGCGGUGUGAUGAGCGAAUUUUAUAAGUUAGGAAAGUUUCCCGGUGUCAGCGGGUGCAUUGACUGCACCCAUGUGCCGAUUAAGAGCCCUGGUGGUGACCACGCCGAGGUUUAUCGCAACCGGAAAGGAUACUUUUCGAUAAAUGUUCAGGGCAUCACGGGCCCUGACCUACAAUUUUAUGAUGUAGUGGCCAGCUGGCCAGGGUCUGCCCAUGAUAGCAGAAUUUUCGACAGCAGCCGUGCAAGAGUGCUCUACGAGACUGGUGUCGUCCCCGGGAUUCUUCUCGGAGAUAUGGGCUAUGCCUGCAGGCCAUACCUCAUGACUCCACUCAAGGAUCCUGACCAAGGCAGCCCAGAGUACAGGUACAACAAGUCACAAGCAAAAACACGAAACAGUGUGGAACGUGUGUUCGGGAUAUGGAAGAGGAGAUUUCCAUGCCUUCAGAUGAAGCUGCAACUUCAAACAAACACUACACUUGUAGUUAUCACUGCAUGUGCGGCACUUCACAACCUCAGCAGAAUUCUGCGUGACCCAUGCCCUCCCGAUGUACAGCCCCUCACUGCACCCAGUGUUCACCAGCCUGGACCAACAUUGCCGAAUGGACAGCCACAGACCGCAGUACAAGAUUCCAGUGGAUUUAGAACCCGUGCUCGUAUUAUUGCCGAUUAUUUCUCGUAAAUCCAUAUUCAUUCACUCCAUAUGCAUUCACUUUAGAUUACUCUUUAAUUAAAAAGGACAAAAAUAGGCAGGUAGGUAGGUUGAACUGGUGGUGCAUUCAGCGAUUCAGUACGUUCAUUUCCGGGCAAACAACUGUAGUGUUAUGUUCUUGCAUGCCUCCUCGUGGAACGUAAGCGGGGAUGCGCUCUUUGUGUGCUGCCCCAAAUAUAUCAGCAAUCUACGCAGACGGUUUAAACGGGGGAAAAGUUUCCCGGCUCUUGUAGCAUGUGUAGUGAACUUCAUCAGCGCAGCAUAUGCACGCUACUCGUAACCGGACGAUCCGUUUCUCUCUGUCCGCGAGAGAAGGGGGAGUGCAGCGUCCUGGCGUGCGCCAGCUUUCCAACACAUGCAUACUUUAAACUUGCACUGUGUUAUGGUGGCUGCAUGCAGGCUGUUUCACAACACAUGUGCGAAUAGAAAAUUCAUGGUGCUUUGCGACGAAACUGGCAUCAAGGGUGGGAGAUAAACAUGCACCUUCCAUUCAGCGUGCUAACACGAAGGAGCUAGCAGUAAAUCAAAAUCCAGGUUUGGGCAACUUCAUGUAUUCAUACCGUCUUCCAAGACCAGUUACCAUCUGUCUAUCUGCACCCGUCCCGUCUAUGUGUGUUCGUUGCCCCGACCUUCUCGCGCUGCAUUUAGAAAGCCUGCUAGCAGCAAGUCAUCCUCUCACUCAUUCUGUGGCCAUAUACAGUAACUACGUAGGCCAAACUGCAGGGCUGGCUGUAGCACACGUGCUGCACGCCUAUAAUAUGUAUCAAGCUAACCUGCACUUGGUACAGUUGACGACAGGUUUUUUGAACGCUCAAGGGACCGCGAAAAUGUUAGAAAAAUCAGGCAGUCCGAAAAAGCAAAUGUGCCCCCCAAAAACUCAAUUUAUUGCUUACUAUUGAGUUAGAGGCUGGAAAAAGUGAUUGAUCUUCUGAACCAUGCUUCGCUUGCGUGCAAGCAGGUCCGCCUGAAUUUUGGCAAGAGCUGUCGUGUCGCCAUAAGCCGACGAAAGAGUUGCGACCGCUUGCAUCAGCUAAGCUUAGGUCGACUGCGCUGCUGUAUGCGAGUCAUCAUCGCUCUCGGACUCUGCAAGCACUUGGCGAAUGAUUUAUUCAUCCGUGAGCCCGGCGCACAGUUCCAACUCGCUGUCCACGUCCGUGAACUCCGAAAACGAAACGGUCGAGGGAAUUUUGACGCCUGCAGUGCGAAAGUUGUCGAUGAGGUGCUCACUGCCAGACAGCUGCUCGACGACACUAUCCUCGUCCAAGAAAGCCGAGUUGCCAUUCAACACAAAUCCCGCGUGGUGGAAGCAGUUGCACAGCGUUGUGGGUGGCCACCGACUUCCACGCAUCAGCGAGCAUGCUGAGUGCUCCAAACAAAUCAACAGAGUAGGCGUUUCCACUGUCGAGGCACAACGCCACACACGAAAGCAAGCGUGACCGAUACUUCACCUUCAGGUUACGUAUCACGCCUUGGUUCAUCGGCUGUAGGAUACUUGUCGUGUUUGGGGGUAAGAACUCGACUCACACAGACUUCGAGAGAGAAAAAAAAAAUGAUUUUUUUUCUCGAUAUCUCCCACAGACUUUUGUUCUACUAAAACUAUGCAAGUUGUUUAUGUG